CUAAGACAGCGCAUUUCUAGUGAAUCUGAUCAAGUAUCGUUCGCUCGACGAAGUCUGUAUCGCGACUGAAAGGUAUGACGAUCGACGGGUUCGGUGGAGUCUCUGGUCGUUCUGCGGGUGGGGACGUCAUUAGCGCGGGGUCAGCGUGGACCUUUGCGACUUACCAGGAGGGGCAUGGUGAUGGAACUGAGUAUUGACGGGACCAUUAAAUAUUCCACCUUGGAGGCCGGAGUUGCCCCCGCCAAAAGAUAUCGCGGAUGCCAUUAGAGCAGAGGAUUUGCGACGAAGUGGUAGCAGCAGCUGAGAUGUCGUUGGCCAUUCUUCAGCCGCAACGAGCUGCUGCUACCUUCCAAUCAGAUUAAUCGGGGCUUCCAACGCCUCAGCCUCAUCAGCCUCAGCGCAUGGUUAGACCUUCGUUGGCGCCUGCUCCGAUUAUCAACAAACACAAAUGGCGGAUCCUCUCAGCAUUACCGCGAGUGUCGUCGGCAUUAUUGUACCGGCCUUGCAUGGGACACGACUACUCCUAGGAGAUCUGCAGCAGCUCAGCGAUGCACCUAAAACCAUCAUGCGUCUAAUUAAUGACGUCCAGUCAGUUCAUACAGCACUGGAAUUGCUCCGAGGGGUAGAAGACGGAGAUUGGAAAUCACUUGGCCAAAACGUAGCAGAGCAGUCAAAGGCGAUAGUCAGUAGCUGUACGCAAGCUUGCAACCUCUUCAGAGCCGAUUUACAAAAGUGGACGAGACACUCGGAAGGAAAGCUAACAUGGCUGGACCGAGCAAAUGUGGGAUUCUUCAAGAAAGAUCAAGCCAAGGCCAUGUCGGAGCAGCUUCAAAGCUGCAAGCUUGCUAUCAAUCUCAUUGUUGGUGUUGCAACCUUAUAUAGUUCUGUCCGCAACAGUCAUAUAACGGAGGAGAUCAAGAAGACGAUAUCUACAAAACAGGGUGAAGUCAAAGGUGCUAUCACUACGGCAGAUCGACAGCUAGUGGUAGUAGAAAAGAAGCUGGAAGACCUGAGCCUUAGUAGUGAUGAUGACGAUGAGGCUAGAUCUAGUCAAGGAAAGGAUGAGGUAUUGCGACAACUUGAGGAGGAAUCGAAAGGCGCGAAAGCGUCGCAGAAGCUGUUGACUGAGCUGCUGUCCAAGUCACAAGAAGAAGCUGUUGCAAAAGCCGCGGGGGUCAAAACCGGUUCAUUCACCUGUGAAUGA